AUGUUUCGGACAUUGCAAGUGCUGCGUCAAAUGAGCUCGUCCGUUCCGCAGAUCCAGCUCAACAAAGUUGAGACACAGAUUGUCAACCUUCUGAACGAGUACACGCGGUACUUCAACGAGCACAAGACGUCUGCCACGCAGCAGCCUCUGGAGCUUCGAAUCACCGGGGGGUGGGUCAGAGACAAGCUUCUGGGCCGCGAGUCGCACGAUAUCGACAUUGGCAUCGACCAUCUGUCGGGAGUCGAGUUUGUGACGCAAUUGCAGGAAUAUAUAAAGGCGCAGAACGGCGGCCAGUCGGUCAACAGCGGCGUUUACAAGAUAGAAAAGAAUCCGGAGAAGUCCAAGCAUCUGGAGACUUGCACGACGAAACUGUUUGGGUUCUCGAUCGAUUUCGUCAAUUUGCGGUCUGAGAAGUACGCCGAGGACUCGAGGAUCCCUGAAAUCGAGGUCGGAACCGCCGAGGAGGACGCUUUCCGUCGAGACGCGACGCUGAACUCACUCUUCUACAACCUGACCACGGGCCAGGUCGAGGACUUCACGGGCCGCGGGCUGCAGGACCUGCGCGAUGGCGUCCUGCGCACGCCGCUGGAUCCGCGCAAAACGUUUCUGGACGACCCGCUCAGGUGUUUGCGACUCAUCAGGUUUGCGUCGACUUACAACUUCCGCAUCGACGAGCUGGCGCUGGCUGCCAUGCGCGAGGACGAGAUAAAGCAGAAACUGAGGGAGAAGAUCAGCAGAGAGCGCAUCAACGUGGAGUUCAAGAAAAUCAUCAUGGGCAAGAACCCGGUGUACGGGCUGCGGCUGAUCGAGGACGUGGGCUUCUACCAGCUGUUUGAGUGCGAGCAGCCCGGCCACGAGGCCGGAAACGAGGCAAUGAAAACAUCCUUGAAGGAACUGGUGCAGAAAUACGACUCUGUUGAGCAGGAGCUGAACAAAAACGAAACUCUGAGCAGACUACUGGCUACCGUCUACUCCUCAGAUAUCAGCAAACAGUCGCUAUUUUUGAACCUGAUUCUUUAUCCGUGGAGGGACGAGAAAAUGGUUCUGGGCAAGCACAGCGUUCCAGUGCCGAGCCAGGUGGUCCAGGAAGCUCUGAGGAUGCAGCUCAAGAUAAGAGACCUGGUUGGACUGUGCUGCUCCACGCUCGAAAAAUACAACUCAACAUAUCUCCACUGGAACAACAUCGCACGGUCGGAGCUGGCAACGACACUGCUUAUACCGUACAGAGAGGAAUGGCGACUCAUGCUGCUCACCAACAUGAUUGUCUCCAUUUUCAAAGAUUCACAGAAUAUACACACACUCAUCGACAACGGCGCCAGGUUCGCCGACUAUGUCGAGUCUCAGAACCUCCAGGACGUGCACAACACCAAACUCCUGCUAAAUGGCAAGGAGGUGGCAGCUGCUCUGAAUAGAAAACCAGGCCCAUGGCUGUCGGACGUGAACGCCAAACUGCUGACUUGGCAGCUCGACCACCCGUCCUGCUCGAAACAGGACAUGGAAUCUUACCUACAUAGCAUCUCGGGAUGA